GUUGUGUGACAGCAGAUCAUUCAUCCGCGUUUCAUUCUAGAUACUAUUUAGGUGGUACUAUCUUACUGGUACCUUAGAGCAUUAUCAUGGAACCUGUUCAUCUCGUAUAUGUAGGAAUUCUACUUUUGAUGGUAUGUUUGGCUCUGACUGUACUUCUGCUGGUCGUGUAUUCAGGACUCUUUCACUCGAUUGUUAUUGGCGCGGGAAAACCUCCCAUUGAAGACGUGCUGGUGGCCUACAAAUUCGCACGAGGACCUUACAAAGACUGUGGUCAGCUGUUCACUGAAACCCUUGCUUUGGCACCCGACCAUAGAACAAUUGGGAUAUAUUACGACGAUCCUAAAGAAGUUAGUCCAAGAUAUAUCGUCGGAUCAAUUCUAGCUGAAGGAAAAUCAGAUGCUGAUGAAGCUUUAAAGUCCAAGUUGAUCAAAGAGGGAUAUAGUUUCAGGAAUUUCCCAUCAGUGACAAAUGCUGUGAAGUCAUCCUUUCCCCAUAAGUGCACACUGUCAAUAUUCAUUGCUGUGGCCAGAGUUUAUCCGAAACUUUGCGCCUAUAUAACGGAUAACAAGCUUUGUGCUCACCCCUUCAUUGAAAUUUAUGAUGGUGAAACAAUUCAGUUCAUGGCACCUUUGUCGCGCCAGGAAGAAUUCUAUGUUCCUGAAACCAAAAAUACUUCUAACGAUGAAACAUUGUCUAGUGAUGCAACCUGCACCGAUAUUUCCAGCCUGAGUGAGCCAAUGGAAGGGUCAGUGUCACCUGAUGCCAGUGGUCUUGGUAAACCUGCAGGUGGUGAGCCCAUGGAAGCCCCAGUUGUGUCACCUUUGCCAUGAAAGGCAUUUUUGAGAAUCAGGCAGCACUGAAGACAGGUAGUGCACGACAGAGAAGUAGUUUAAACUCACAAGAAAAAAACAUUUUUGUAUUAAAGGUAUAAGUUGAGAUAAACAUGUAUGGAUGUGAUUUUGCAUUGUUGAUUGAGGUUAAUCAGUAUGUCUGUAGUGACAAGCAUUUUUGAUGUCUUAUACAGAUGUUUGUGCCAAAACUUGUUUGGUAAGUGUUCCUUAUUCUUUGUUUGUCUAUUUUAAAUUUGUGUGCGGCAGUUCAGACUGUUUUGUGUUAAAUGUGUGAUGAAGGAGUCUGACAACACGUGAUUCAUUUCAUUUUGACAACACCAAGUUGGUGGGACGUCAAAUGAACUGAAUCUUGUGCUGAUGUAAUUUGGAAAAUCUGCACCUGUCCACUGUUAAUUGAUACCUGCAGAUAUCCACUGGCGUGGAGGUAGACAAAUUGAUAUUUCUAAGCUCCCAGAAUGUAUUCAGCUUGCUUUAAGAGGUAGACCUGUCUUUGUUUAUGAUUUGUAGAACUUGUUCCCUAUCUAAGCUACAUAAUAUAGUGUAGCUCAUGUGUGACAACUGCUCACAUGUGCAUUUAGUUAGCAAAUAUGAAUUUGUUGCUCAUUGUCUGACAUUGUUCCAUAACAGCCGACUUCGAAAAUACCACAUGUGAGGGCAAAGAUAAAGAAAAAAAGGUCAUUCUUUUCUACCUUUAUUUCAUGAAAGGAUAUCUUUUUAUGUGUGUCAUGUAAGUGAAAUUAAUAUUUUAGUUUCAAACAUUCCUUAUGCUACGAAUUUAUGUGUAUAACAAAAUAAUCCUCCCAAGUUUCACGCAAACAUUGUAAAUAUUGUUCAAACAUUCCCAACUUGAGUACUCUGAAAAAGAGAUGUUUUGAAAUCAUUUUUGCAUUUUGUUUAAGACAUUAAUCUGUACCUAAUCAUUUGAUUUUGUUUGAUAUUUUAAAAAUGUAUUUCUUUAUUUGCUCCUAUUAACCCUGCUGACUGCAUAAAUGGAAAUUGCUAAGUUUUUUUAAAAAACAUUUAGGUGCCUCCCCUAGGGGAGCCCCAGGAGCCUCUUACCAAUGGGGUUGCUGUGAGUUUGAAGUCCAGCUCAUGCUGGUUUCCUGUCCGGCUGUAACUGGGAAGGUCUGCCAGCAACCUGCGGAUGGUUGUGUGUUUUCUCAGGGCUCUGCCUGGUUUCCUCCCAUCAUAAUGUUGGCUGCCGUCAUAUAAGUGAAAUAUUCUUGAGUACGGCGUAAAACAGCAAUCAAAUAAAUAAAUACAUAAAAACAUUUAGGAUUGAAGGCUGGUCAGGAAGGAUUUGUUACUUUUCCAUAUGAGCAUCUUCCAAGAAUUAAUCUAGGUUUAGGAAAAUAAUCACUGUGGCUAAUUGUAGUCAUUUGGGCAUACGCUCUGGAAAAAAGAUGUAGUGCCUGCGAGACUUUUGGGGGCGCAUUUGGUGUAAGGCAUCUCGUGAAGGGCAAAUUUAUAUCAUGUGAGAGAAUAAAAUUGUGAUUUAGAUAUAGUGCUGCAGAUUUGCUUGAAUUUUAUCAGUUAUGUCAAUUUGGAAAAAAAAAAAAAAAAA